AUGUCUCUUCGCCGUAGAGUACGCAAAAAAGUUGAUUAUUCCAAGUUUUGUGAAGAAGAAGGUGAAAGCACAAAUAAUAGCGACGGUGAGUCUUACAUUUUUUUUUGUAGAAAUUGUUUCUAAUCAAACUUCAUUUUAUGAACAAAGAGAAGCCCCAUACUAAAUCAUCCACUAUUCUCAAUUUCGGUUGUUAAUGCAAUACCCAUUAGUAGGAUUUGCUGUAGAAAUUAAGCUUAAUAGUAAUGAAACAUUAAUUAUUUAGUAAGUAAAAGUAUUGGACUAAUAGCACAUAACAGCGCAUAAGUGUUUUGACAUCAGUCCUAUAAAUUUCAACACUGAGCCUGGUUGUUGAAAAUAAGUCUUUGUAUUUUACAUUGUUUGUGUGUGAGUAUUUGUUCCCACCUUACUGCUCCUGGGAGUCCAUAUUUAUUAUUACUUCGGCGGAGCGCGAAGUAAAGGUUUCGCGACGCUCAGGAAUGUAUCAAAGUUACAAUUUUUUGACAAGAUUGGGCAUGCAAAGUCUGUAGUUCUUCGGUUUCAUUCGGCUAUUUGACGAAGUGAGAGCCGAAUUAAUUCGAGAUAUCUCGAGAUCACUUCGAUUUCUUUGAUUUAUUCUUUAACUUUUUCGAGGAAGAAAGAAUUCUUAUUUUGGCUUUCCCGGGGUUUGAACCGACUCACCUGUGUGACCCGUCAGAUCAGAGGAGACUCUAAGUUGAGGGAUUAGCCGAUUGCGCUACUGCGACCCAAGGUAGUUCGGGAUGUGAAAAAUAGUUAUGAAAUGAUGCACUAGUUUCGGGACAAGAUUGGGCGUGCAAGUUCGUGACUUUUCGGCUUGUUUCAACUAUUUCACGAAAUGAGACCGGACUACUUCGUGAUAUCUUGAGAUCACUUCGAGUUUAGUCUUUAAUUACUCGAAGAAUGAAUAGAGGAUAUUUCGUGGCCGCGCAGAGACACGAAAUUUCUCUUCGAGUGUUGAAAAACAUUUCACGAGUGAGCCCUCCUUUCGAACUGUUUUAUGAUGAAUUUAAAGUUACAAAAUGCUGCAAAAAGACAUUUUGUCUUUGUUGAGUGUUACGUAGUAAAAUUGCUUUCAUGCGUUGCGUGACUUUCUCGAACGCUCUCUACGUUUUUGGAUUACCCAUGAAUAAUUAAAUAGGGCAUGUUUACAUUUCAGUAUGAGUCAGCAGAUUUGCAUCAGUUACUGAAAUCAUAAAAUAUCUCGAAAAGCUACUACUAUUUGCCUGCUGUUUAGUAUUUUCUAGAACCUUAUGCCAAACGGUAUACAAGUUCCAAGCGAGUUCUUUUGAAGAACUAAGUUUUUUCCCACGAGCUGGACUGCUGUGUUUAGUCAAGUGUGACGAAGGUCGAUUAUCAGGUAUUGUGUUUACAAGUUCGCGGAAGCCGUAAGAUAUCUGAAGUUCAAGUGAGAGUUUGUUAUUAUUGGUAGAGGCUGUUUAGUUUUACUCAAAGUUCAAGUCAAGUUUGUGUUGGUGGAUGCUGUGUUUUAAAGCUCUGUAAAGGCUAUGUUCCUUUGGUGUUAAACUUCCUUGUGUUAAUCCGACAUCCCUGCGUGCUGAUAGCCAGUGAAUAAUUGUCCUCAAAACAUUCGAACUCGUGACUUUGAGUUUUAGCCAAUUCCAUGCUCAACGUAAUUGACUUCUUACCCAUGCCUUAAAUAUCUUUAAUCAGUACAUGAGACUGCUAUGCUGUUUUUGAAGCCUGAUGUGACUAAGAAAAAUAGAGAAUUGUUUUUUUAGAAGGAUUUGUAUGGAGUCAUCAGAGCAUAACUGGGCUAAUAUCUUGGAGACAAUUUGUCCAGAAAUGCUAAUUUUUGGCAAGUAGGCCUCUUGGAUGUUGCUCUUUUCAGAAUAUCCUGACAAAUCCCAUAAUUUCACAAAUUAACACCUUACACUUACCAUAUUUAAUUUCUUACUAUUCCUCCGCAUUUACAAUUAAUUAGUUCCACAACCACGACGCCGAAGUGUACGCUCCGUAGCGUCUUGUUGUAACAUAGUUUCACAGAUAUUUUAUUACAUUUCCAAAAGUGGAGUUGAUUUAAAAAACUUUUACAAGUGUAAUUUACAAGUGAAGCUAUUGUUUCUGAGUCCGAACACAAUAUAGCCGAUUAUACACUUGAAAAUUACACUUGUCAAAGUUCUAUUAAAUUGACCCAGGACUAACUUGGGAAAUUUGUUCAUCUGAUGUAAACUUACAUAAUGGCUAAUUUGGAUUAUAAUAAUAAGUCAAUAUUUAGUGUAUCAAAAACAAAAGUGAAUUUAACAACAAUAAUUAAAGGCCACAGAGCAAGUAAACAAACACAGAUCAUGAGAUAAGCAGUGGCAUCUUCUGCUUGUCUCAUGACUGGGCACAUGAAGGGUAACUGGACCCAGCACUUAUAACUGCUCCCCAUCCCCCAAAAACAGUUUUUUGCCAUUAUAACAGGGCUGGCUAUGUUCAUUUUUGACAGAAAGGUUUCCAGUCUACAGUCAACUCUCAUCUUGUAGACACCUCACUAUUAUGGACAUCCAAACAAACAAUGGGCAUACCGCGCAGGAUUUUCAACAGAACUGUUACUAAUACAACUUACUGAAACAUGGAGAGAAGCUGUGGACGCAGGCUUAGUGGUAGCAGUUGCCUUCAUAGACUUUAAAAAGGAAUUCAAAAGUGUGUCGCACGCCAUUCUCGAAACGAAGUUGGAAAGGGACUUUGGCAUAUCAGGGCUACUCCUGGACUGGCUUAAAAGUUACUUAAAGGAAAGACAGCAAUACACAGCUGUUAAUGGAUCAACUUCAGAGAUGAUACCGAUCUCUUUCGGAAUUCCUCAAGGGUCUGUCUUGGGGCCGACACUUGUCACUCUCUUCACGAACGAUCUUCCGUCCUCAGUAUCUUCCGGAUCCGUCUAUAUGUUUGCCGACGACACAACGGUUUACUGCAUAAGUGACACGGCAGAAAAAAGUAUUGCCAAGUUAAAUUCUGCACUUCGUGAAUUAAACGAGUGGUGCCUCAUUAACAGAUUAACACCCCACCCAAGUAAAAGUGAGGCCAUGCUAAUCUCUAGAAGAAAUCCCCCGGUUAACAUUCCCCCGAUCUUUAUCGGAAACUCUACGAUUGAAUGGGUAUCGAAAUCACGAUUACUGGGAAUGACCGUCGAUGAGAAACUGACCUGGACUCAGCAUACGCUGGAACUCAAAAAAUCAUUUGCUAAAAAACUAGGAUUACUUAAGAAGUCGAUAUUUCUCCCUAGAAACGUUCAUCAGGAUCUCUAUUUUAAGGUCAUCUUGCCUUCAGUGACCUAUGGUCUUAUACUAUGGGGAUCUUGCUGCAAUUCCGACUUAUUUCAGUCCCUGGAAAGACUUCACUGCAGGGCUGCGAGACUUCUUUCAUUUGCCGAAAGACAUGGCAUCUGCUGAUGUCCUACAACGCGCCCAAUGGCAAACUCUGUCUAUUUAUUAUAAAUUGGCCAUUUUUAUCUGUCUUCAUAAAGCUUUCCACGAUAGGUUACCUGUCACAUUAAUCGACCUGAUUUCUAAGAAACGGGUCACAAACUAUUCAACCCGGACUUGCGCUUCUUUAACUGUUCCACGCUUCAACACGCGUUACAUGAAAGACUCUGUCGGGUUUAGAGGCUCAGUCCUGUGGAAUGCAGUGACCAGCAACUGUAGUGCCCUAACAAAAAACACUCCUUAUCGUGAUCUCAGGCUAAAGCUCAAAUCUCAAGCUAAUUUUAAUGAAUUCAGCUUUAAGAUAACGUCUGCAUCCACUUGUAAUUUUAGAAAAGAUGACUUUGUAUAUACUUAAAUUUAUGCUCAUAAUUUCAUAUUUGUAAGCGCUAAUUUAGUUCGAACGUUUUGUCUGUAUAUACCCCUAGUUUUUACUUGUAAUUAGGUAAUUGCAAACGACCCCACAAGCUCAUGUAGCUUUAAUACUCAUCGUUUUAAAAUAAAGGCUAUCUAUCUAUCUAUCUAUCUAUCUAUCUAUAGAUGAUUUCCAGGAUGACACUGGACCAGCUCCUGUAAAGAAGGCUAAAACCGCAACAAAGACAAAAGCAAAAACAAAACAAGAAGUCACUAAAAGUAAAACUAAAGAUUCAGGGAAUUUAAAAAGAAAAGAAAGGUACAGUUUAAUUUCUGAGUUGAAUUUUAUGUUUCAAGGGAUCAGGGUGCCUUUCUCUGGAAGAAGAUAAGAUUCUGUGUCUUACAUUCCUUAGAUUUGUUGUGACAAAAACGCAUGAAAAUAAAUUUUUAGUGUGUUAAGGUGAACCUGGGAGAACAUGGUGGGCCUUGUAUGUUUACAGGAAAAAGCACUUGCUAGGUACCCUGUGAGCAGAAGCCCAGGACUGCAAAUAACAGGCCGUCAUCAGACAUUGGCCGACUAAAAUUUGCUAGUGUCCGACAAAUUCUGAGUUCAGAGCAGGGUUAUUUAAAGUGCAGUAACCCGCUUUUAAACCACAAUUAGGGUCAACUUAUCUUAAGUCAAGUUUCUUUAGAGGCAAUAAAUAACAUUAACAAGGUCUUUUCCUUACCCAUCCCUUGGUUAACAAUGAGCUUCUGGAAUUGUUUAUGAAUCAUAAGUUUUGAUCUGAGUAAACACUGGGCCACUAUUUUUUUUCAAUGUGACCAGGGAAAACAAAACAGUGGAAUCCCCAAUUUUUUGAACCCCCAAGGAAAAGCAGGGUGGUUUCAAUUAUCAGAAGCUUUGAAAAGUCAAGGGGAAAAUAUAGUGUGUGACUGGUCAAUAGGGAAAUCAGGUUUUAAGUGGACCUGGUUCAAAUGGUCAGGAAUUUAGAGUCACCAAGGGUUAAAAAAAAACUCAGGAUUCUUAGGCAUACUAAUAGGGCUACACUUAUUGGUGCCUUUUGGAUUACUCCUACAGAAUCUCUGCCUUUGCACAAAACCUAUAUGCUGGGCAAUAAAGCUUUUGGACGCCCUAAGAACUCUUUGUACACAAAACUUCUGUACUAGUAUUGUACAAAACGUGCAGUGUACAAAAUGACUGUACGAGCUAAACUCAAACAUCUUUUCACUGCAGAUUAUCUCGAGAUGAAAAGCUUUAUCAAAAAGAUUUAGAGGCAGCACUGCAGGCUUCAAUUAGAGAGUCACAGCUGUCAUCUGCUGGAAAUGACAGUAGUAGCAAUGCAAAUGAUGAAGGGGAAGGUGACAUUUCAGAUGAGGAGGAAUUGCGGCCAUCCAAACCAAAGAAAGCUAGAUUACUCCCUUCUUCUGAUACAGAAGAUAACGACAAAGAAAAUACUGGGUACGAU